AUGUCUGGCGAGGCGUGGCUCUACCUCCUCGCUGUCCUCAUAAAUGCGGUCAACCUCUUCCUCCAGGUCUUCUUCACUAUCAUGUACUCUGAUCUCGAAUGCGAUUACAUCAACCCUAUCGAUCUCUGCAACCGCCUGAACACCUACAUUAUCCCCGAAGCCGCUGUCCAUGGAUUCCUGACGUUCCUCUUCCUCAUAAACGGUUACUGGAUUGCUCUGAUCCUCAACCUGCCCCUCCUGGCAUGGAACGCGAAGAAGAUCCUUGAGAACCAGCACCUCUUAGAUGCGACCGAAAUUUUCAGGAAGCUGAACGUACACAAGAAGGAAUCCUUCAUCAAGCUCGGUUUCCACCUGGUCAUGUUCUUCUUCUACCUCUACAGCAUGAUCGUGGCCCUCAUCCGCGAUGAGACGCACUGA